AUGAGUGAGGAGAAGCGUAUUUUGGACGCAAACCUGGCCAAGGAGGGCGUGACGAUCCCGUCGCCCGACUUCCCAGAGAUGGUGUUCACGAAGAAGCGCGCCGCGAACUCGAUGACGCAGGCCCGAUUCCUCACCGGUCGCUUUAUGGACAUGUACUGGCGCACGCCGUCGUACAACCUGACUCGCAUUAUCGUGACGUUCCUGUUGGCUUUGGUGUUCGGUCUGUUGUUCCUGGAUAGUGACUACACGAGCUACCAGGGCAUCAACGGCGGUGUGGGUAUGGUGUUCAUGACGACGCUGUUCAACGGUAUCGUGUCGUUCAACAGUGUGCUGCCUAUUUCGUGCGAGGAGCGCGAGUCGUUCUACCGCGAGCGUGCCGCGCAGACGUACAACGCGUUGUGGUACUUUGUGGGCUCGACUUUGGCGGAGAUUCCGUACGUAUUCGCGAGUGGCUUCAUCUUUACGUUCGUGUGGUUCUUCAUGGUGGGCUUCACAGGCUUCGACACGGCGCUGCUGUACUGGGUGAAUAUCUCUCUGUUGAUCCUGCUGCAGACGUACAUGGGUCAGUUCCUAGCGUACGCGAUGCCGAGCGUGGAGGUGGCGGCUAUUAUCGGUGUGUUGAUGAACUCGAUCUUCUUCCUGUUCAUGGGCUUCAAUCCUCCUGCGAACGCGAUCCCAAGUGGCUACAAGUGGCUGUACGCUAUCACGCCGCAGCGUUACCCGCUGGCCAUCCUCGGCUCGCUGGUGUUUGGACAGUGCGACACGGACCCUACGUGGAACGAGACCACGAAGGUGUACGAGAACGUUGGCUCGCAGCUCGGUUGCCAGCCACUGACAAGUUUACCGGUGUCGAUCGACCACAUUACGGUGAAGGACUACGUGGGUUCAGUGUUCGGCAUGCACCACUCGGACAUGUGGACGCAGUUCGGCUACGUGUUUAUCUUCAUUGCGGUGUUCCGCGUGCUGGCUCUGCUGUCUCUGCGUUUCCUGAACCAUCAGAAAAGAUAA